AUGACAUUUGGCCAUAACUCUGACUGGUUUGUCCGGGCGAGCAACAACACACCGUUUGAAAAUGCCAAAAUACUUUUACGAGCAGUAAACGAGGAAAGACGUGAACACCACAAGGCAAUAUGCUUGGCGGAAACAGAUAAACAGUAUAGGGACAUAUUGGAUGAUACAAUCGGUAUCAUCUUUCUUGGAACGCCCCAUCAAGGGUCCAAUGUUUCGCAAUUUGGAGCCUUCAUAGCACGCUUGACAUGGGUAUUUGGAUCAAGCGCAAUACUACUGAAAGGUCUCUACAGGGAUAACCCUCAUCUAUCCGACUUGCAAGAACGAUUCAUGAGCGUUGUCAGGAGAAGAAAAGACAUUAAGCUCGUCACGAUGUAUGAGAAGCACCAUACGUACUUUGCUCAACUUAUUUAUCUAGGCUUUGUGAGUACGAUCACUACACGCUCUACAUACCACGAAUACUUACAAAAAAUGAAAAAGAUUGUCGAGAGGAAUGCUGCAGUGCUUGAUAUGGCCGAAAACAUUGCAGUUGAGAAAGAUCAUAUGGGGCUGAACAAAUGUGCCUCACCAGAUGAUCCGGCAUAUGACGCAAUUUGUCAAGGAAUCAAUAAAAUACGGGACCAUGCAGAGAGCAGAGGCUGGAAGAAAAAAUAUUUAAACUGGUCCGAGAGCCCAAGGCUCUAG